AUGAUUCCUCCGAGCAGCACGGCUGAAGUCAGCGUGGAGAGUGUGGAGAGAGAGAAUGAGGUGGAGAACACAGAGCAGCCCCCCUCUCCAGCAUCAACUACCAGCCAGGAAUCCAAGCUGCAGAAACUGAAACGAUCACUCUCCUUCAAGACCAAGAGCUUGCGGAGUAAAAGUGCAGACAAUUUCUUCCAGAGGACUAAUAGCGAUGUGAAACUGCAAGUAGACUUGAUGCCUGAGGUGAGCACGAGCACUGGGCAGCUCCCUAGCUCAGAGAGCCAGGCAUCCUCCCCCACCAGAGCCCAGCAGCUGCCAGAAAACAGCAAGGCUCAUAUCUUCCAGGAGCACAUCUUCAAAAAACCCACCUUCUGCGAUGUCUGCAACCACAUGAUUGUUGGGACAAACGCUAAGCAUGGACUGCGCUGUAAGGCCUGUAAGAUGAGCAUCCACCACAAGUGUGCAGACAGUAUUGGACAGCAGCGUUGCAUGGGCAAGCUGCCAAAGGGAUUUCGACGGUAUUACAGCUCACCACUACUCAUUCAUGAACAGUUUGGCUGCAUCAAAGAAGUGAUGCCUAUUGCCUGUGGAAACAAGGUUGACCCUGUGUAUGAAACCCUCCGCUUUGGGACUUCCUUAGCUCAGAAAACAAAAAAGGGCAGUUCUGGAAGUGGGUCUGACUCUCCCAACAGAAACUCUACAGCUGACCUGGCAGAAGUUCCUGAGGAAGGUGAUAGCUCUGCAGGAACCCUCGACAUGCUGCCAGGCCAGGGUAGCAUCGUCAGAG